AGUAAAAUUACGACAGUAUUACAGGUGCGGUGUUGCCAUCGUGAACAAACGUCGCAGCGUAAUGCAUGUUGUCUGGGUCGAACUUCAUUGGAACAAAAGGAACACGGAUAUGUCGGCAUUUUGUUGGAAAGUGAUAUUAGAAAGUGAUAAGUCCAAUAAUUCGGACGGUUAUAUACAUUAUUUGAAAAUGGCAUCAUGCUCACCAAUUGGAAUUACUUCUUAAAAGCAGGAAGUCAGGAGGCUAGCCUAUAUCCGCGAGUGUUGUUACAUGGAUAAAUAACUUUUGCAUGUUUUUUCUGGGAUCAUCUCCAAUGUUUAGGUCACUGAUUGUAGAACAAAAACAAAUUAUUCGAACAGCGGAAACUAUCUUCAAAGAUAAAUGGAUCAGCAAUUUAUCAAUCCGACAUGACACUUCGUUUCGGGACGUUUAUGUUAAGCUCUUUGAUAAGAUUGUACCCAAAACGGCAGAAAAUUUCCGAGUCCUGUGUACAGGAGAGAAAGCAGGUGUUGAGUUUAAAGGGUCUACGUUUCAUCGUAUAAUUCCUGGCUUCAUGUGUCAAGGGGGUGAUUUUACCCAACACAAUGGCACUGGAGGCAUCAGUAUAUACGGCGAAAAAUUUCCUGAUGAAAACUUUAAGAAACGUCAUGAUGCACCAGGUUUGCUCUCAAUGGCAAAUGCCGGACCAAACUCCAAUGGGUCACAGUUUUUCAUUACUGUAGCAUCGACACCUUGGCUCGAUGAUAAGCAUGUCGUGUUCGGCAAGGUUAUCGAGGGUUUCAAUUCGGUGAUCAAGAAGAUAGAGGCUGUAGGACGGUCGGACGGGACACCGAUGAGCAAAGUAGUAAUCGCUGACUGUGGAGAAAUAAGAGAUUAACGUAUAGCUCGACUCGGCUUCUAUACUUCAUAACUCACUCCCUUCCUUAGCUGAGUGUAGCAAUACCUAGAAACCACGUAACAACCACCUGUGUUCAUUCCUCUCUUUAUUGACGGCAUACAUCUUACGUGUCGUAACGCUUUAUCGUCAGUUUUAGUCAAAAAUGUUUGUUAAAACAGGCAUCGAAAAGAUGUUAAGAAAGUUGAGUACUUCGUUCUCCUCAAAAGCUUAUUAAAUAAAAACACCACUUGGAAAUGUUGAUCAUUUGUGUGUUAUUCAAAUUUAUGUUACCAACACCUAAUAAAAUGGGUUGAAUAGCUGGAAAAAAUCAUAACUUUGUUCUUGUUUUGAACAUAUAUUACCGGGUACUAUUAUUAGACCAAUGGGCAUACAAGCCAAUGAAAUUUUACUGCAAAAUAUGGAUCUGGUAACGUAUAGGUUAUAACAUAUUUAUCAAGUUUAUAAUUCCCAUUAUUACAAAUGGGAAUUAUAAACUUGAUAAAUAUGUUAUAACCUAUACGUUACCAGAAUCAUAUUUUGUGGUAACAUGAACAUUUGUUACCAUUCUAUAUGCUUAUUUCGAUGCCUGUAAAACUACAUAAUUUGAAUGAAACUAUUUAUCAACAGAUAUUGGAAAAAUCAGGGUCCGAUACAUGUAUUAAUAUUUUUUAUGUAUAGUUUAAAAUGUUUUUCACUCUGGUUUCAGAAAUAUUUGAAACAAGUUUACUCAGGUUUCAGAAAUAUUUGAAACAAGUUUUACUCUGGGUUUUGAAAUAUUUGAACAAAUUAUUAUUGUCUUUUAUUUUUAAAAUAUUAAAAUGGAAAUUUAAACAAAACCACUCCACCCCUAUUUUGUGUUACUUUGUGUUGCUUAGAUACACUGUCUCACUACUCAAUUUGCUCUAGUCUUCAUUGUUGUUGUAUUGCCGUUUAUUUGUUAUUUUACUCUUUAUUUUGUUAUAGCAUCUUCAGUCUGGAAACUCAUCUCCCUGUUCUACAUCGUGUAUUGAUUUUAUUAAUGCAAAACGCACACACACACACACCCCUACACAACUAUUAAUCCAUCCCUGUGAUGUAUAGCUUUGUGUUAACUCAUUUCUCAAGAGUUUACAGCUGUCAAUCACACUUGUGAACUGUGUCAUUUUAAAUUUGUCUCUGUAUUCAGGUCUAGGGCUCAGCCCGGCUGAACUUAUAAAUGAUUGAACCUGUAUGUUGUAAUUACAGGCACAGUGGAACCAAGUAGACAUUGGGGGGCUGACUGGGUAUGUUCCCCCGUAAAAGUUUGAAAACUAGAUGUCCUGGAAUGCAAUUUCCUGUAUUCUACAAGUAAAACUGAUCUCUGCAUUAAGGUUUACUAUCAAUAAUAUUUUUGAUACAGUAUUAUUGGCUGUAGCCCCCCCCCCCUCCCCCAGUCCUUCCUGCUUCUCUGUGCCUGAAUUAGAUGCAGAGCCUUAGCCCAGCAGGCCAUACAUUUACAAUGAACAUGUAGUGUAUUAAGCCUGGGAAACCAGACAUCAGGCAUGUGUUCUGAUCACAAUAGAAAGAACAGGUGAAAGUGAAUUUAUAGGCAGGUGUUGCCAUCUGCUAUGAAUAUCAUGUGACCCAAACAAGUUGAAAGAAACCGGAGUCAAAUGAGUGACACAAUUUCAUUGGUUUAUCUUAAAUAUUAACACCAUACGUUAAUUACCAGCUAAUUUUAACCAAUAAGGGAUGAACUUUCAAAAACAUAUCAUAAGGUUAUCAAUAUGCACAAAUUAUGUAAAAUACCAACAUUUGUCUGCACUGGGUGUAUGUUUUCUUGGUAAUUGUAUACCCGGUGAACUUUUAUUAAAUGGGCAAAAUAAUCGCUGACCGAUGCUUAUUAAUGACAUUAUUGUCGAUGGAAUACAAUGAAGAUUGUUGGAUGCUAAAUCAGCAGUCUCAAGUUACACAUUUAGUAUGUGAAUUAUUUUUUACAAAUCCACUCUUUCAAAUUGUCAUAUACACUCCAUGAUAUAAAUUUAAGUUUUUUGGUUUACUAUUUUUGAUAAAAGGAUGACUGAGUGAAUAUUGAAAUAUAAAAUAUGUUUUUAUUGUAUUUUAUUAUAAAUCACAUUAUUUUUAGUUUUUCAGGAUAUUGGUGUUACCUUUGUAAGAUGUAUUGUUAAUUUUAGAUAUACGCAUUUGGUUAUCUUUUGUUAACUCUGUCUGAAUAUUAGUUUAUCACCAUGGAAACCAUGUAUGUUUUUUGUCUGUUGAUACAGGUUACCAUUCCUGACUAUUGUAAUUGCAGUUUUGUUUAUUUAUUUAUGUUGUGAGUUAUUAUUAUUAUUUUUAAUGUUUUAAAACCAAUUUAUUUUUAAAUAUGUAAAAAAAACCAUCCAUGUUAUUGUUGUAUCUACACUAAAUAUGAUUAUGAUUAAUGGAUAUCUAAUUCACAAUUUGAAAUAAAUGUAUCAAACCCAGGCACAGAUCCUAGGGGUGAAUACUGGGGUGUGCGUACCACUGCCUUAAAUACUGAAGAUCCCCCCACUAGAAAAUCCAGUGUUUAACGAAUAUGACAAUAUUUGGGAUAGACUGGCAUAUUAGCCAUGUUGAAGCACUUUAGAAUAUUACUGUAAUGUGCCCUAAACAAAUCACAUCUAUUCUUUCAUCCAGCCAUGACAAAGAAAAGUUUAGUUUAUUCCCCCAAAAUUCUGUUGUUGGUAAAAUGAAUGUUCCAAAAAAUUUGUCUGCACUUUUUAAGUUUACCCUCUGUGUUGUCAUCGUAUUUUGGUUUGUUUGUGAAUAAUUCGUCACAUCAAUUAAUUGUCAUGUGUAGUUGUUGUUUACUCAGGUCUGAUAAUCUGGCAGUUCACUCACCAGUGUUUGAUAAUGCUCACCUCAUGAAAGUAACCCCCUCCCCCACACUCCCCAUGCCCUACCUCUAGCAUCUAAACAUUAGAAUCUCUGUAAUGAUAUUAAACACUUGCCUGCCUAAUGCUCUUAUUAUUUUAAUUUUUUAAUUGUCUGAUACAAUGUAGUUUUAAAGGACCAACAAGAUGAUCAUAGUAUAUUGUUUAUGGUGAAAGACCAACAAAAUGAUGACAGUAUAUUGUGUGGUGAAGCCAACAAAGUGAUGACAGUAUAUUGGUGAAACCGACAAAAUGAUGACAGUAUAUUGUGUGGUGAAGCCAACAAAAUGAUGACAGUAUAUUGUGUGGUGAAGCCAACAAAAUGAUGACAGUAUAUUGUGUGGUGAAGCCAACAAAAUGAUGACAGUAUAUUGUGUGGUGAAGCCAACAAAGUGAUGACAGUAUAUUGUGUGGUGAAACCGACAAAAUGAUGACAGUAUAUUGUGUGGUGAAGCCAACAAAGUGAUGACAGUAUAUUGGUGAAACCGACAAAAUGAUGACAGUAUAUUGUGUGGUGAAGCCAACAAAAUGAUGACAGUAUAUUGUGUGGUGAAGCCAACAAAAUGAUGACAGUAUAUUAUGUGGUGAAGCCGACAAAGUGAUGACAGUAUAUUGUGUGGUGAAACCGACAAAAUGAUGACAGUAUAUUGUGUGGUGAAACCGACAAAAUGAUGACAGUAUAUUGUGUGGUGAAACCGACAAAAUGAUGACAGUAUAUUGUGUGGUGAAACCGACAAAAUGAUGACAGUAUAUUGUGUGGUGAAACCGACAAAGUGAUGACAGUAUAUUGUGUGGUGAAACCGACAAAAUGAUGACAGUAUAUUGUGUGGUGAAACCGACAAAAUGAUGACAGUAUAUUGUGUGGUGAAACCGACAAAAUGAUGACAGUAUAUUGUGUGGUGAAACCGACAAAGUGAUGACAGUAUAUUGUGUGGUGAAACCGACAAAAUGAUGACAGUAUAUUGUGUGGUGAAGCCAACAAAGUGAUGACAGUAUAUUGGUGAAACCGACAAAAUGAUGACAGUAUAUUGUGUGGUGAAGCCAACAAAAUGAUGACAGUAUAUUGUGUGGUGAAGCCAACAAAAUGAUGACAGUAUAUUAUGUGGUGAAGCCGACAAAGUGAUGACAGUAUAUUGUGUAUGGUGAAACCAACAAAAUGAUGACAGUAUAUUGUGUAUGGUGAAAUACCAACAAAGUGACAACAGUAUAUUGUGUAUGGUGAAACCAACAAAAUUAUGACAGUAUAUUGUAUAUGGUGAAACCAACAGUGAUGACAGUAUAUUGUAUAUGGUGAAACCAACAAAAUGAUGACAGUAUAUUGUGUGGUGAAGCCAACAAAAUGAUGACAGUAUAUUAUGUGGUGAAGCCGACAAAGUGAUGACAGUAUAUUGUGUAUGGUGAAGCCAACAAAAUGAUAACAGUAUAUUGUGUAUGGUGAAAGACCAACAAAGUGAUGACAGUAUAUUGUGUAUGGUGAGACCAACAAAGUGAUGACAGUAUAUUGUGUAUGGUGAGACCAACAAAGUGAUGACAGUAUAUUGUGUAUGGUGAGACCAACAAAGUGAUGACAGUAUAUUGUGUAUGGUGAAGCCAACAAAAUGAUAACAGUAUAUUGUGUAUGGUGAAAGACCAACAAAGUGAUGACAGUAUAUUAUGUAUGGUGAAACCAACAAAAUGAUGACAGUAUAUUGUGUAUGGUGAUAAUGCAUCGCAAUGAUAAUAUGAUAAUUUAGGCACUCGUGUCAUAAACAUCGUCUGUCAUGGACACUCAUAUAAUAUCCUCUAUAUAUUGUAUAUGGUGAAACCAACAAAAUAAUGACAGUAUAUUGUGUAUGGUAAAACCAACAAUGAUGACAGUAUAUUAUGUAUGGUAAAAGACCAACAAAGUGAUAAUAGUAUAUUGUGUAUGGUGAAACCAACAAAAUUAUGACCGUAUAUUGUGUAUGAUAAAACCAUCAGUGAUAACAGUAUAUUGUGUAUGGUGAAACCAACAAAAUGAUCACAUUAUAUUGUGUAUGGUGAAACCAACAAAAUUAUGACCGUAUAUUGUGUAUGAUAAAACCAUCAGUGAUAACAGUAUAUUGUGUAUGGUGAAAGACCAACAAAGUGAUGACAGUAUAUUGUGUAUGGUGAGACCAACAAAGUGAUGACAGUAUAUUGUGUAUGGUGAGACCAACAAAGUGAUGACAGUAUAUUGUGUAUGGUGAAGCCAACAAAAUGAUAACAGUAUAUUGUGUAUGGUGAAAGACCAACAAAGUGAUGACAGUAUAUUGUGUAUGGUGAGACCAACAAAGUGAUGAAAGUAUAUUGUGUAUGGUGAGACCAACAAAGUGAUGACAGUAUAUUGUGUAUGGUGAGACCAACAAAGUGAUGACAGUAUAUUGUGUAUGGUGAAGCCAACAAAAUGAUAACAGUAUAUUGUGUAUGGUGAAAGACCAACAAAGUGAUGACAGUAUAUUGUGUAUGGUGAGACCAACAAAGUGAUGACAGUAUAUUGUGUAUGGUGAGACCAACAAAGUGAUGACAGUAUAUUGUGUAUGGUGAGACCAACAAAGUGAUGACAGUAUAUUGUGUAUGGUGAAACCAACAAAGUGAUGACAGUAUAUUGUGUAUGGUGAUAAUGCAUCGCAAUGAUAAUAUGAUAAUUUAGGCACUCGUGUCAUAAACAUCGUCUGUCAUGGACACUCAUAUAAUAUCCUCUAUAUAUUGUAUAUGGUGAAACCAACAAAAUAAUGACAGUAUAUUGUGUAUGGUAAAACCAACAAUGAUGACAGUAUAUUAUGUAUGGUAAAAGACCAACAAAGUGAUAACAGUAUAUUGUGUAUGGUGAAACCAACAAAAUGAUCACAUUAUAUUGUGUAUGGUGAAACCAACAAAAUUAUGACCGUAUAUUGUGUAUGAUAAAACCAUCAGUGAUAACAGUAUAUUGUGUAUGGUGAAAGACCAACAAAGUGAUGACAGUAUAUUGUGUAUGGUGAAACCCAACAAAGUGAUAACAGUAUAUUGUGUAUGGUGAAACCAACAAAAUGAUGACAGUAUAUUGUGUAUGGUGAAAGACCAACAAAGUGAUAACAGUAUAUUGUGUAUGGUGAAACCAACAAAGUGAUGACAGUAUAUUGUGUAUGGUGAAACCAACAAACUGAUGACAGUAUAUUGUGUAUGGUGAAACCAACAAAAUGAUGACAGUAUAUUGUGUAUGGUGAGACCAACAAUGGGACCACAGUAUAUUGUGUAUGGUGAGACCAACAAUGGGACCACAGUAUAUUGUGUAUGGUGAAACCAACAAAGUGAUGACAGUAUAUUGUGUAUGGUGAAACCAACAAAAUGAUGACAGUAUAUUGUGUAUGGUGAAACCAACAAAGUGAUGACAGUAUGUUGUGUAUGGUAAAAGACCAACAAAGUGAUGACAGUAUAUUGUGUAUGGUGAAACCAAAAAAGUAAUAGCAUUAUAUUGUGUAUGGUGAGACCAACAAUGGGACCACAGUAUAUUGUGUAUGGUGAGACCAACAAUGGGACCACAGUAUAUUAUGAAUGGUGAAAGACCAUCAAAAAAGUGAUAACAGUAUAAUAAUAUAUGAUGAUAGACCAACAAAGUCACAACAGCAUAUUGUGCAUAGUGAUAAACCAGCAAAGAAUGGAAUAAUGAUAUGUGGUAAAAGACCAAGAAAGGAACCACAGUAUAAUUGUGUAUGGUGAAAGACCAACAAAUGAUCACAGAAUAUUGUGUAUGGUAAAAGAGUAACAAGUGAUUAUGAUAUAUGCUGGGUGCUAAAAGCAUAUCAAAAUUAAAAUUACUGAAUAUUUUGCAUUAUUAAAUUGCAAAAAAGCUUUUAUGAAAAUAAGAAAACACAAUUUGUUUUAAAGAACAUCAAUUUAGUUGUUUUUUUAGCUAACUGCAACUUGAAUUUUCUGACUAAAUUUUCCUAGAUGCUGAUGACUUUUGUUUUAGGUUAAACCCCGUGUAUAUGAUUUUUAUUUUCUAUUUUUAUUAUACUAUUUCAGUGCUUUUUGUUUGAGAGUAAUCAAAUACAUAUAUAUUGUACUGCUUUUUAAAAACAGUAGUUUUAGCUUUGCAUGUCUUAAAACAGUACCUCUUUAAAAAAAAUUUAAUAUAAACAUAUAUUUGUAAACGAUGAAAUUAUACUGUGGAGAUUUAUUAAAUUUAAAGAUUAUACAAUACAGUAUUUGUCAUUAGGGUUAUGGUUAAUGUUUUGUUGAUAUUAUAUUUUUUCCCCUUGCAAGUGAACUUAUGUAACUCUGUUACAAUGGAUGUUUAGUCACCAGAUGUCACAAUUUUCUUCCUGUAUUGUAUACAAUAUAUGUCUGUUAUGUGUCAGUUUGUUUUCUAUAUUGUUGCACAUCAUGACAAUGAAUUCUUUUAUUUAUAUUUGUUUAUAAAUUAAAAAUUUUUAUCACUGUAA